AUGCUUUCUAAAGUGGGCCAACUCGCACUGUCCCGCACCGCCUUACUGCUCUGCGACAUACAAGAAAAGUUUCGUCCUCACAUAUCUCACUUCCCUGCCAUUGUCGAGGUGUCACGCCGGAUGUUGCAAGCUGCUCGGCUCCUGGGAAUACGGACGGUUGUCACUGAAAUGUACCCUAAAGGUUUGGGCAAAACGGUUCCAGAAUUGGGUGAUUUGAGUGGUAUCCCGGUGAUUCCGAAGACCGCAUUCAGCAUGUACACCAGUGAAGUGGCCGACUUGUUGGAGUUGGGCAAACAGAUAGACUCAGUGCUCUUGUGCGGCAUUGAGGCGCACGUUUGUGUUCACGCAACCGCAUUAGAUCUGAAAGAGCGAGGCGCAGAUGUGCAUUGCGUGGUCGACGCCUGUUCCUCCCGAAAUAUGGUGGACCGCAUGGUUGCUUUCCAUCGAUUGAGUCAGUCCGGUAUAUAUUUGACAACCUGCGAAUCCGCACUGCUCACUAUCCUCUGUGGAUCGGAUCAUCCUCAGUUCCGGGAAGUUCAGAAAAUCAUCGUGGAUAUCAGUCCGGAUAGUGGCCUACUGGCUGGAUCAGGUUCGAUGAACCCGUUCUCUGGCCUAAAGACCUAA